AAACGCCAAUAGCUUAACUCAGGCUGUAGGUUUUCUUUGUCUCUGCUGUCAUCAUUGUCGUUAACUGUGAACAUAUUUGGCGAUGGCGUCACAAGGUGUCGCUGCCACCUCAAGGCUGGCUGAAAUGCAGAUGAGAUUUCAAAGAAAACAGUUAUUGGAACGUGAACAGAAGAAAUUGGCACUGACAGGAGGUGAUAAUGGAAUUGAAACAACAACGACAACAGUGACCACAAGAAACGCCAUCGGAAAUGGAAAGGUACGGCAAAUGUUCGAGCAACGCCGUGGAGUGGGUAUUGACCGCAGUCACCCACUAAAACCAAUAACAACAACGACAACCACCACAAUCACAAAAACACAACAAAAUCCUGUACGCCGUCUAGCUGGCGGUGGUAAUCCAACUACGACUACAACCCGGCGAACCAUUGUUACCACAAAACAGAAUAGCAAUUCAACAUUAAGCAGUUCCCAUUCGCGUUCAAGUCCUUUCUCAUCGAAUGGUAAUUUAUUUGGCGAUGAAUUGGAUGCGGUGGACAAUUUAGAGAGUGAAACCUUUCCCAAGGAAUUUUCGUCUCUAAGUCUGGACAAUACCCGGGUUAUGGGCCCACCUGUCAGUGACGGUAAUAACAAUACCAGAAGUUCGAAUGGCAUUCGUAAAGACAUUAUGGACACAACAAUAACCUUGGGUCGGAAAACUACAACAACGAAUGGCAUCAAGUUGAAUCCAGUGAUAACUAAGAAGUCACCAACCACAACAGCACCUCGCACAAUGGCUGCCCAAUCGAGGACACCGAGCAGCGCUAGCCGUACAUCUGCAUUGUCCCGAACCUCUGCAACAGCAUCCAGUAAUGGUACAUCCGCGAAAACGCCAGAGAAAAAGACCACCCCAUCUGUUACUUCAACGACAACAACAACCACGAAAAUAGGUGCAAAGACCACAUCCAAAACUGUCAAUGGAAAGCCGGCCACAUUCGUUAUGGCUGUAAAACCACCACCUCGCAUCACUACACCGCCACCUGGAAUGGCCACCUGCCAUAUUUGCAAUCGAAAUUUCAACGAAGAUCGCCUAUCAAAACAUGAAGAGGUCUGUCGCAAAAUGGUCUCAACCAAACGCAAAAUAUUCGAUGCUUCGAAGCACCGUGUUAAGGGAACAGAAGCCGAGAAAUAUGUUGCCAAAAAGAAGGGUGUUGCGGCAGCUCCCAAGGCAGCUGUGGUCAAAAACACAUCGACAGAUUCAUCGAAGAAGAGCAAUUGGCGUAAAAAACAUGAAGAAUUCAUCAAUGCCAUACGUGAAGCCAAAAAGGUGCAAGCUUAUUUGGCCAAAGGCGGGAAAUUAAGUGAUCUGCCGCCACCACCACCAUCGGAGAAUCCUGAUUACGUUCAAUGUCCUCACUGUAGUCGACGUUUCAAUGAAGCUGCGGCUGAACGCCACAUACCGAAGUGUGCCAAUAUGCAGCAUAAUAAGCCGAAGCCGCCACAAAAGAAACGAUUUUAA